AUUGUAAAGCCUAACCUAAUCAGAAGUGAUCGAUCUAUGGCUGUAACUUGUGUGGUGUGCUGGUGGAGUACAGCUCUGAUGUUUCACAUUUGAUUCAUUAUGGCCAAGCCACUGUCCUUCUCUUUUACUAUUCUCUGAUAAAAUAAUACUUAGUACCUUCGUCCGUAAACCCUUAAGUGCUUUGCAGAGGUAUCAGAAUUUUACAAAUAGAGAAACUGAGGCAUAAGGGCCGAGUGACUCACUCAAGGUCACAUACCGAGUCAGUGCCAGUUGAACACAGCUGGCCCUAUUUCCCAUCUAUUGCACUUCCACAUCUCUGAUAUAUUAACGUGUAUUAACCAUACAAGGAGUUUACUGGCUGGUCUUCUCAUGUGCUCGAUAAGAAUACCUAAGUCAAUGAGAUAUUUUUUUUUAAACAGUGAUGGAUUUCCCAUGUUCCAUUGACUUCUGUGGUUUGACACUUGUCAUCCUUAUUUAUUCAGUUAUUUUUAUUGCUUUUCAUCCAUUAGAUUCCGCCCCCUCUCCUCACAACCAAAAGCUCUACUGGGAUAAACUUUCUUACAAGACUAUAAGAGAUGCCCAUUUUUCUUGCAUAGCUUUUCUUCUGCUUCAUUUAAUAGGUUUUUUUUCAGUGUUGGACUUCAAAUCUAUCUCAGGAAUGCACAUGCAUGUUUGUUAUUGUUUUGAUUCAGCGCCGUGUUAAUGUAGACACCAAAAGGUUGAACAAUUACUAUUUUGAUGCGCUUUUUUGAGAAAAGAAAAAAAUAAUCUAGAGCUGGUUAUUCUUGCCGUCUGUGUGCAGAUUUCCCUUUCCCAGUUCUUAAUCAAAGCUGCAUACAGGGUCUGAAGUUAAAGCCUGCUCUGAAAACUGGGAACUGCUGUAGUGCAGUGCUUUUGACAAAGUGUAUUCUGCUUUAUCUUUCCUGUGCAGCUAACCAGAAGGUAUGGAAGGUCAGUUAACUCUUUCUCCUACAGUAUUCCUCUGUGAAUGUUUACUUCAUCAUUUCAUGUUAGUUUCAGUGCAGUUACUGGCCUGCAACUUCUUACUAAGCAUGGCCCUUCAUCAGGCUGUAUUUAAGUGACUUCGGUAGCAUGGUUCGGCAAAGACCUAGCCUCACGUGCGCACCCGCGGUAUGCCAGCAACUUCUCCCAGUUGCUAUUUGCCCAACGGGUGGAGUGUUGUUUCCAGAUCUGCUGAAGAGUUUCUCACAGCUGGAGGAAACACAUUUUAUUGCCUGCUUGGUGCACGGAGGUGUCAUUCUUUCGUUCUCCACACAUAGAUGAUGUCUAUUUAGGCUACGUUAAACUUGGGUGAACCUCAUUCACUGCUGUGGUGGUAGAUGAGGUCUUAACGUUGGGCUAAGGAAGCAGUUUACAAGCCAGGCAUACAAAAUAUAUUAAUUAUGUUUGGCUCUACCCCUAGCUGAAUCUCACUUGCCCUGAAUUCCUGGCAUCAGUUUUCUCCCCACUUUUAAACUUAAUAUUUAAGAAGCCUUGUUUUCUUUUCACUUUCUUAAAAAAAAUUAUUGAAUGUUAAGUUCAGCAGUAAAACAACUCCUGCUACUGAAUACUGUAGGCUGCUCUUUCAGUGAGCUUUGUGAACAGCCAGUUUUAUUCUUCUGAUAAGACUAUCCCCUAUCAAUUGGGAAGUGUAGCAUAUAGUCAUUUCCUGCAUUUUGAGCUGCCCGUUGCUUAUGAGCUCUGAAGUAAGCACUGAAUCUGCUUUUUGUUCUUCCAGUGGUACUGUAAUACUAAUGGAAGCAGAAAGCAUUUAGUUAGUUCAUAAAAUACAAGCGCUGUUUCUACUUGGAUAUUUAUUCUGACCUUUAUUUUGGACAGUUUUUCUGCCAUGAUCAGAUUCUCUGAUUACAAUGUCAGCUUUCACUAGAAAUCUCUUCGUGACUUAGCUGGCAGGGUUUUGGAGUUCGAGCAACUGGGUGCGCAGCAGCUCUGACAUAAUGGUGAAUAACACUGAAGACCCCCAAGAGGCUUUAUAACGUCCCAUCCCCAUGUAAAGUAUGCUCAGAACUUUUCCAGUAGUCCUGCUGGAAACCAUGUCUCACUACACAGACGAACCAAGAUUUACCAUAGAGCAGAUAGACCUGCUUCAGCGCCUGAGACGUACAGGAAUGACCAGACAUGAAAUCCUUCACGCGCUGGAAACCUUGGACCGUCUUGAUCAGGAGCAUAGCGACAAAUUUGGAAGAAGGUCUAGCUAUGGAGGUGGUUCCUACAGCAACAGUACCAACAAUGUCCCAGCAUCCUCCUCUACAGCCACAGCUUCAACGCAGACCCAGCAUUCUGGGAUGUCCCCGUCACCGAGCAACAGUUACGACACCUCCCCACAGCCUUGCACUACUAAUCAGAACGGGAGGGAGAGUAACGAGAGGUUGUCUGCGUUCAACGGGAAGAUGUCACCUACCCGCUACCCACUUGCAAACAGCUUGGCUCAAAGGUCGUAUAGUUUUGAAGCUUCUGAAGAGGACUUGGACAUUGAUGACAAAGUGGAGGAACUGAUGAGGAGGGACAGCAGCGUGAUAAAGGAGGAAAUCAAAGCCUUCCUAGCCAAUCGGAGAAUUUCGCAAGCAGUUGUUGCACAGGUAACAGGUAUCAGUCAGAGCCGGAUCUCCCAUUGGCUGUUGCAGCAGGGGUCGGACCUGAGUGAACAAAAGAAAAGGGCAUUUUACAGAUGGUACCAGCUUGAGAAGACAAAUCCUGGGGCUACGUUAAGCAUGAGACCCGCUCCUAUCCCAGUAGAAGAGCCAGAAUGGAGACAGACGCCUCCCCCAGUCACAGCUACCUCUGGGACCUUCAGACUACGGCGAGGCAGUCGGUUCACGUGGAGAAAGGAGUGCCUGGCUGUUAUGGAAAGUUACUUCAAUGAGAAUCAAUAUCCAGACGAGGCAAAGAGAGAAGAAAUUGCAAACGCCUGUAAUGCAGUUAUACAAAAGCCAGGAAAAAAGUUAUCAGAUUUGGAGCGAGUUACCUCCCUUAAAGUGUACAAUUGGUUUGCCAACAGAAGAAAGGAAAUCAAGAGAAGAGCCAAUAUCGAAGCAGCAAUCCUGGAGAGCCAUGGAAUAGAUGUACAGAGUCCGGGAGGUCAUUCCAACAGUGACGACGUCGAUGGCAAUGACUACUCAGAGCAGGACACUUGGCAAGUACGCAAUGGGGAGGAGGAGGGAAGAUGUUCAGAGGGAGGCAGAGAAGCAGAGAAGGUAGAAGAAGACAGGAGGAUCUGCUCCAAACAAGCAAGUUACACCAUUCACGCCACACGCAAUGAUGACAGCACUAGCCAUAGUGACCAUCAAGACCCCAUUUCAUUAGCCGUGGAAAUGGCAGCAGUAAACCACACCAUCCUGGCAUUGGCCCGGCAAGGAGCCAACGAGAUCAAGACAGAGGCUCUAGACGACGACUGAUACAAACAAAGGGGAGGGUCAAAGCAAGAAGUAACUUAGUUUUAGACGUAGCACCUUAGCAGACUUUCCUCGGUCCUUAAUAUGUGUUCUUACAGUAUAACUUUGCAGUUUCUUGUACGUCAGUUAGCUGUUAGGGUCUUGUUCUGUGAAGAUGGCAUGGUGCCCUCAGCCUUUGCAUAUACUCUCUCAGUAUUAAUUCCCAAUAAAUAAUCAAUCAACCAACCAACCUCCCUCUCCCAGCCCCAGUGGCUAGAAAAAUCUUGCUGCUCUGUCUUAGCAUUCAAAGUGCUUCCAGGUAUUUUAGACAGCCCUCAAUUACAAGUCUUAGGCUACACUUAAAAAAAUCUUGGAUACCCUUAGAGAUCGUGUUAAAAAAAAAAUAGUCUGUACGCUUUUCCUUCUCUGAGACUGAAAGGAUGCAAGCUGAGGUAGUGGCACAGGGUCGAUGGACGCCAAAUCGGGAGUGUCAACAGAGAGUAAAAAGAACACUAGAAACCCCACUUCAGCAUGGGAAUAAAUUAUUUCCAGCUGCAAUAAGCCGUGCCUCACUGGUCAUACAGUGACUCGAUAUACUUUUGGGUGCUGUGCUGAGAAUGUCCAUUGGAAACACAUUCACAUAUUUCGGUUGAUGUUCACAUAGUCAACACAGACAUCCUCUACUCUCACAAGCUGCGUGGCUUAGUGGAUAAGUACUGCCUUCUGCCUCUGGGACCAUGAUUGAAGCCCAGCCUGGGAUCAUAUGAAAAAUGAGCUGAAUGUCUAAUGGACAACAGUCCACUUCUCAAAACCACUAUUCAUUAUUUGGCAUGGCUAGCAGUGCCUGCUCAGAAGAGGUCUAGACUCUAUCGAUCUGUCAUUAACAGUUUCACCUUUUCUUCCUCCUCUCGCCUUUUCUGUCCCCGCCCGACUCCCCUCUCCACUUUGCCACUUUCAAAAGCAAUGUUUUCCAGGAAGGUUAUUAAGGUCAUAAAAUGGGUGAGUGGAUUUUUACACAUCUGUGUAACUAAUGCCUAUGUCCUGACUAGCCCGAAAGGUUAUUGGAGAACUUUGGCAUCUGACCUUUGCUUGAUAACCAUCAGAGCAUAAAUAUUCUCCUAAAGACGAACUUUUUUUGUUUGUUUAAAGGCUGGAGGAUCUCUUACCUGAGAAAUGGGGUGUGAAUGUUUUGUGUUCUCUUUACUCUGUCCUUGUUAAGACGUGAGAAAGCUAUACUGCUACGAGCAAUUUAAUUAAUAAUUGGAAGCCAUACUGAUAAUGGAUGUGGUAAUAUUUGUAAAGCAAACCUACUUUAAGUAGCAGAAACUAAUGGAAUUGUUUUCCUUGAUCAUAUGUAGCACUUUUGUUACUUUUUUCUUAAAGAUAUUUAUAUUUGAUAAGUCUUUUUUUUAUCAUUUGAGAAUUCAAAAUACCAAACAGCAAACUUGCAUUACAGAGUCACCCUGCGAUCACCUUGUCAUCUAGUAUCUAAAUGAUGAACUGUGUGUGCAUCUAAGAAAAUUACAUCUGCUGGCAUUGUGUGGAAAUGAUCUCCUGGCAUCCUGAUAAAAUGAUAUGUUGCUGCCGGUAAGAGGAAACAUUUCAAUGGAAACAGCACGGGAAGUGUUAGAGACGGACAGGACUGUGUUACAUUAAAAGUAAAAAUUAAAAACCUAUGUAAAUUUUUGUAUAUAGAUAUAUAAAAAUCUGCAUAGUGUUUCCACAACAUUCCAUUUUUAUCUUCCCCGUUUGUGUGGGAAUAGCUUAAGAAGGGGAAACCGGCUUAGUCUGAAGGAUGGGUUUCCCUUUUCUCCCCUCCACUUGUAAAGGUGGAGGGAAUGAAGGGAAGUUGCUAUUACUUGGCUUGUUGUCAUCCCUUCCUCGCGCUUAACUAUCAGAUAGCGUCGUGAACUCCUACAGUGUGGCUCAUGGCAGGUUCCUAGCCAGCCUAAACCCCUUUGAGGCUGAGGCUAACGAGAUCGUCUUUACAUCUUGUUAAUCUUGUGAAAAUUGCUUAGGUAAGUGUGGAGGAGAUUUUGUGCUUGCAGAGGGCACAGGGUUGGCACCUCUUUGUCUCCAUAACGUUGAAGAUAUAUAAGUAGGGCUUGGCCUCGUCUUUCAUUUAUGGAUUUCAUUGGAAAAUUUAUGUGCUUUCCUUAGAUAUAGAUCACUGAAGCAGAAUGAAGCCGUCUUUUUUCUGUUUUAUUGCAUUUCUUGAGUAGGCAAAUUCAUAACUAGCAUCAGAGCAGACUCGGGAAGGAAAGGAAUUGGAUCAGUGACCAUUGCACCUUUGCAGUUUUUUUCUUAAUGUGCGUAUGAAUGUGUUGGUACUAAGGAGUGAAAGGACGGGGAGAGCUUUUAUUUCUAUUUUUGCACAGCGGAGUGAUCGAGCAAACUAUAGCCUUAGUGGAAUUUUACCUGCUUAUUCAUACUACAGUCACACGCCAAGCUGACAAGCAACAUCCACGAUUUAUAGUAAGGCGAUUUUAAUAAUCGAUGGCCUCUUUACGUUGGCAUUGCCGCCACCGUUUGUUCUGGCUGUUUCAUUUUAAAAAGAACAGACAGAAAUUGUUGGACAGCUGCAAUUUUAAAAGAUAUAUUGCUUACUAUACCAUCUUAAAAAAAAAAAAAAGUAAUUGUUUCCAGCAUCGCCUUUUUAAAGCAAUAGGGAAGAAUAAAAAUAGUACUGGAACUUCUGUGUCCUGAUUGUAGGCUCAUGUGAUGCGGGAUCAUAGUAACACCACUAAAACUGUGUCUAUACCACCUAACAUAGAAUAAUCUAGUCUUAAUUCUGUUUGCCACUGGCAGGUAGCUGCUGGUCUCAUCGUGCAUGAAUAUCCUAUCUGAAGCUUAAACUGUUAGCCCCCCCCUCGCGAACAACUGGAGAUAGGCAGAACCUCCUUGUCCGUAGCUUCCUGGUGAAUACCAUCCUCUCACCAGAGAAAAUAACAAAUGGCUUAACUGAGGAAUCGGACACUUAGUUCCGUGGUAUCAGUUUUUGGUUUGCCCCUGUCCAUUUUGGCUUUUCUUUGACCCUCAAGAGGUAUGAGGAAAGAGUAAGACUUCAGCUGUUAUCAGGAUGCCCGUGGCCGUCUAUUUCCUUUAUUCUGAAAGUUCACAAUGAACAAUUUGCAGUUGGCUAAUAACUGUUUGGUUGGUCAUGAAUUAGCUAAAAUGGAACAGAUGCUGGUGCGAUGAUAUCGUGCGAAGCGGACGUGAUCUGAGUAAGAGAAGGAAUUAGUGGAGAGCGUGUCCUGGAAUUCAGCCUUUGUUCUACCUUUUUUUCCGCUAUAUGGGAGUCGUCUUUGUCUUUGUGUCUCUGGAUUUUCUUGAAAAUUAAGCCUCGUUUUUGUAGCAUUGCAAUUUGUUGCAGCCAAUCUGGAAUUACUGCAGUUUGUUCUCAUGUGGAUUCCCUUGAAGUGGAUCUGGUGGCAGACUAGAUCUACCUUUGUGUUCUGUGAAUAGAGAAGAAGUUAAGAUGCUUCUCUUCUGUGAUGGGCAGCGAUCGCUUUUAACUUUGUGGAGUAAGUUCUGGCUGUUAUUUUGUCACUCAUGAAGUCCUUAUACUUGAGUUGUUGUCUCUUACCGUCUUCUUAAAACAACAAUUUCUACCUCCGCUUCUUUUUUGGAUUGUUUUGGUUUUGGGGUGGGUUUUUAGGUUUUGGGUAGGGUUUUUUUGUGGUUUUUUUGUUUGUUUGUUUUAAUUUCCCCACCUUAUUCUUGAAGUAUGAGAUCCCAGACGUUUGCAAAAGCACGAGUUGAUAAAAAUAAGUUGACAGAGCAAUGAGUGGACAUGUUAUCCGUUGAUGCCCUAGCGUUAUAGACAUCUUCUAAAUACUCUUCCAACAUGUGUAUUGUUACAGUGUAAUGCCAUUGGUCAGGUGUUGGAUGUGAGCGAGUUGGGUUUGAGUCAGCAGUGCACCCUUGCAACAAUUAAGAAAUCUCAUUAGGAAGAGCCUUCAGCAGGUGAAGGAAAGCGUUUAGUCCCCUCUGUUCAUCGCUUGUGGGACCACACCUGGAGUACUGCGUGCAGCAUUGGGCAGGAGUGAGUCCAUCGUAGGGCUGCUGAGGUGAGAGGGGUGGAGCACCUGCCAUGUGGUGAGAGUCCGUGAGAGCUGGGUUUGUUCAGGCUGGCUCUGGGGGCAUCUUGUAUUUUGUUCUUCAGCUGUCUUAAUGGGUGGGUUUAGAGAAGACUGAGCCAGGCUCUUCUCAGAGGUGCAUGGCAAAAAGGUGAGGGGCAGUGGGCUCAAACUGCAUUGAAGAAAAUCCCAGAUGAAUAUAAAGAGAAAUAUCUUCAUACUCAGAGUGGUAGAACAGAAAGGCAGCAGAAACCCCAUCCUUGGGGAUAUUCAAAACUCAACUGGAUGAGGUUGAAUUAGAGGCUUCCAGAGGUCUUUUCUGACCUAAAUUAUUCUGUGAUUCUGUACAAACCUGCUCAGGUUGAGGUGUUUCCUAAUUCUGAUCUAUACAUGUUGUCUUGUUUAAAGAAAUUCUAUUAAUUGGUUGUUGGCUUUUUUUUUUUUUCCCUGUUCUGCUAUUCAUAAAAAGCUAUCUUUCCUAUUCUCCUAUUAGAGGGGAGCUUUAUUUGCAGGGUUUGGCUCCAGGUUCCAAUCAAGCCAUAAGUGAUAAAUUUCAUUAAUUGUUUGCUCUGUUUACACAGUUCUUCAGGGAUAUUUGAAUUAUUCUGUUUCUUUCAUUGCCUAACAUCAGACUGGUAAGUUUUCCAUGUUUCCGUAACAUCUGUGCUGUAGAUCAGUUUUUGCCUUCGUUUGUGAGGAUUUAUCGUUGUCUUGCUGCUGUGAGUGCAGGCGGAAAAUUUCAUAUAGCUGGACUUAUUAGAGGAAAAAUUGUAGUUAACUUAAGCCCACCAGUGACUGCUAUGAUAAGCUACAAAUUUUUGGUUCAGUACAUCCUUAAUUGGUGAUUAUCAGAAGCUGAAGGGACAUGACUAGGAAAGAGUCACAUUAUACUCACUUGGGUCCUCCUUUUCUUUCCUUAAGUCUUCGCUGUUGGCCACUGCUAGGAAGAAAAGCUUUUUGGUCUGAUUUGGGUGUUAUUUUGAAGAGAAAUCACAGUGGUGUUUGCGAAUAUGGACUGGCAUGGGGUCAGUUAGGCUCCCGAGUGUUGAUAUCUGCCUUCAAGGAGCAUAAGAACGUGGAGAUGAGUUCGCCAAGAUUUUGAGUUCCCCGAUGUGGUAUAAAAAUUCUUCACAACGAGAUGCUGCUUGCAAAAAAGUAAAAUGAAAGCAUCGUGCUGGCCUUCCCCCGGAGUAGUUGACACUGAGACGUGUGGUAGUUGCAACAGGGUUCCGUAAGGAAACAGGUUUUAUUUUUCCUAUAGAUAAAACCAGCAAAACUGGUAUAAGGGGUUUCAAAACUCAGAGCUGCUGCCCCUAAAGCACUUAAUGCAGGAUCUUGUUUCCCCACGUGUAAUCUUAACUCGAAUGCAAAGCUGGACUCAUGCCUUUCUUUGCAAAUUACUAAGACUCAGUGUGAGAUUUUGCCCAUGGUACUGAAAGUUGUGGAUGUUCAGUAGGAGAAGAUUUUUUUUUUCUGCCUUUAUCCCUGAAUUCUGCUCAUUUUAGAUAAUAAUUUUCUUGCCAGAAGGUUUAUGUUCCACCUCCCACCCCAGCUACAUCAUUGUGCAGCCCUCAUUCCUCAGCGUUCGUCAGCGUCUUUCAAGUUCAUUGGAAAAUUACCAGCACACUCUAGGGGUUUUUUGUCAAAAUAAACUUUGCUCUUAUUUUAGACAAGGCUUCCCACCCAAGUAGCCCGUGCACUCUCUGAAGUCAUUUAACUUGAUAAUAUUAUUUCUGUCAAAGUCUUAAGCUUGUAGGCAAUAAUCUUGAGUUUGGGGUAGUUUUGAUCAUUUGGCAGGAAUCUUUGUUGGCAGGUUUGGACUUAAAAACUGUGUUACAUGUCAGUGACCUAACGUGUUCAUUAGACAACUGAGGAUUUUGUGUCUGUGUUAGUAGCAGUAGUCGGGGUUGUAUCGUGAUCCCAGCUAAUUUAGUGGAGUUUUGUGGAGUCAGGCAUUUUCACUGUGAUUUCUUGGAAGGGAAGGUUGAUGGCCUGACCAAAAAGUACCUUGCAGUUCCCAAGAAGAGUUGCAGAGACAUUUCAGAAUAAAACAUUCCCCCUUGGGCUUUUUGUAGCUGGGAAAUUUACUCAGGAUACUGAAUCAGUUAUCGGCCAACAGGCAUUUGGCAAGCUGAAAAGCAUAGCCGUAAAACCUUCAUUUUAGGGUCUGUUACUGUUGUCUAAUUUAUGGGGUUUAAACUGUCCAACUAAAGAUGUUGCACAUUAAUGAAAAAAGGAGGCAUGCUAGAGGUGGCAGCUAUGAAUUUGAAUUUAAAAUACACAAAAACUAUUUUCCCUCUUUUGUGAGAAAUGUAUUCUAACUAGAAAAGUGAACUUAGUCAUUUGAGGACUGUCAAUAAGAUGACAGCAUUUUGGUGUUGGUUUUUGUCCAACAAAUGUAAACAAAAUCGAAUAAAUGAAAGCAAUCUCAGUGGCCCCAGUGAGACAGAGAUGUGGGGAGAAAAAUUCAAACAUCUAAAGAAGAGUUGCCCUUCGCUAACCUUGGCCUUAGGUUUUAUGACUUGAAAGUAGCUAAGAAUUGUUUGCCCGUGCCUGUUCUCCUGUAGGCAUCCGUUGAACGUAGGUGAGGCUGUGGCUGAGAUGGUAUCGGCACAAUUACAGUCAUCGGUACAAACUGCUCUUUGUUACGGUUCUUCUGUCACACUCUUUAUGAAAAUCCCUAUCAAACUUUAGCUUGAGCUUGCUGGAAGAAGUAAACAAAUACAUUUUGUUCUUUCAAGAUCCCAAGAUAUACUCUGUGAUGCCUGCAACGCGCUUAUGGGUGUCAUAUCCAGGCGAUAUUAUUGACAGCUUAUGUCACGGCGAUAGAAAAGGAUUUGCCAUUUUGAGUGUGGGGGGAAAAAAUUCACGGAACGUAUUUUAAAUGCCCCUUUUAAUCAGGCUGAUCGAGAAAACUAAUAGGUUGGAUUGCUGCAACGUUGGGCUCUUCCCCGUUCUUUCCAGUAAGCUGUGGAGUGCUCUGGCCAACAGCUUAAGCACGGGUGAACUAAAACCAUUGAACUGGAGUGAACUGCGUAAUGGGCCUUUGAUGUUUCUGCAUGUACAGUGCAUCUCUCACUCAGAUGGCUUGGCAGAAGGCUCUCUCUGCCAUUUAUUCCCUCUCUUCCCUCCGCUGCUCAAUGGAAGCGGGUGUAUUCUGCUGAUCAAAACAUCCAGCACGCUUCUGCUAAAUCCUUUCAAACUGCAGCCAGGGUAAUUGGGAUGGGUAGGAUAAAUGCAUAAGACUAUGGCAGUAAAAGUGAUGGCAGUUCUUUUGAACGACUGGGUGUCCUCCUGACAUGUAAUUAGCUGCUUUAGAAAGAUGUGGAUUGGCAUGGUCAUAAUUAAAAGGAUUUCUGUCUUUUCUGUGAUUGAAAACAGAAGAUCUUCCGCCCCCUAAUUCUCUUUAAUACCAGUGUUAUUAGUGACACUUGGAACACAGCUACUUCGUAAACUUAAAUAAUGACCUGUUCCUAAUGGUAACUUACAACAGCAGGGACUGAAACCGAGUUUAGUUUUCUAUGCAAAGCUGCUUCUCUUCGUUUUACGGUUCCCACCCCGCUCCAGCUCACGUAUGCGUUGCUUCUCGGUAAGAAACAAAAGGGACGUUUAGUUAUGCGUGACAGCACGAUUACCGAUUACCCAGCAUUCUGGUUUAGCUCUUCUUGAUUUGUUACUCAGUUGUAGUGCUGAGGAAGAUUAGCCAUGGUCCAGGACUCCACUGAAUGACCCACGCUGUGUCUUCACCCUGCCCGCAGGUAGAGGGUACCAGUCGCACUGUUGUCCUCCGGUUCCUGAAAGCAGGGAACGCAACUAGCUCUUCCGUGCCGCUCCAGGUUCCCCUUCGUAGCGUCUCGGUGUGGAAGCCUUAUCAGCCGUUGUCGCCAAGUGUAUAAGCGUGUCGUCCUCCAGCUGUCUGCUGUCCCCUCUUGCAGUUAGCAUGGCGUAGUGUUACGAGCUAACUCACCUUUUCCUUAAGAAAUCUCAAGAAGCGCCUGCAGCUGGAUAGUCGGCUGGACAGCAUGCUUGCCACUCGCAACAGGAGAGGAUAUAUGGUGGUGGCCUAAAAAAACAUCGUCGUCUUGCUCUGAUGUGUUGCUAGAUUCUGAAAAAGCAUCUGUCGUAGGGUGUUACGUGCCUUUUUAUUCUGUGCUUUUGUGAGAAACGUUAUCUGUUGACUGGUCUUGAGCACUGCAGAGCCUGUGCUCCGUUUUCGCCCAUAAGUGUCUUGACCGUAUUUUUGCAUAGUGCUGUUCUGCUGUAGUUACUUAUCAGACAGGUUUCUGGAGUUUUUUGGUAUGCAGAGGUGCAUAUAGACACGCUUAGUCAAAUUCAGAAAAGUUAGGAGGUUCCUAACUCCAACAGGUUUGCAAAAGAAGUUAGGAACUUGACUUCCGUAGGCUCUUCUUUAAAUCCCCCAGUUACUUUUUAGCUUCUUUGUACUGAAAUACUUGUGUAAGUCUCAUCCAAUGUCACUGUGGUUCAGAACAGACCUGCGGGUCUCGGGUACUUCAGUUCUUCCAGCGCGGUUGCCACUGGUGGUACUACACUCACAGUAGCAAAGGUAGCAACUUCUUUUCCAGGACAAAACGUUUUUAGACGUUAACUUGCUGCUGUCGCUGGCCUCAAUUCAGCUUCCUAUCCUCCUCUCCCCACCCCUUCUCCUUAACUAAUUAAAGUCUUCCGUGUUACAGCAAGAUGGCGUAUGUAGCUUAAAUAACCCACCUCUAUAAUUAAGAGGUUGACUUUAGCCUUCUGAGAUCUAUUUUACAUCAUUUGAGAUUUAAAAAUACAUUUUACUUACAAAGUUUAUCUGACAAAUCGCUCAAGGAGGGCAAAGGGAUAAUGAAAGUAAAUUAUUAAUUAAUAUUUCUCACUCAAUGUAGUCCAUUAAGAAUAUUAAGCAUAUAUUCCGUUCCUCAAAGCACAUUUGAUUUUGGAUAUUUUUUUUUUUGAAGUCUGCCUGCAGAUCAAGUUGCUGCUAUCUCUGUUCGGCAGGACUGUAGUGGCAGUACUGGAAAUAUCCUUCAGGAGCGAACCAGAGCCAGGAACUCAGACUGUUAACUCACUGACCAGUUUUUCCUACAGCCAUUUCAUUUAUGCGUUAGGGCAAGCGGGCAGAUCUUUUUAAGACCAAAAUGAACUCAGACUCUCCCUUGACACCUUCAAGCUGUUCUUCUGUUCAAAAGGUUUGACGUAAUUUUGGAGUGGAAGGUAGCAGCAGGAGCAUCUCGCCUUCCUGCGUGUUGGAUAGAGAGGUCUGAGUUCAGGUGGAGCUACGCUGGGUACGGAACGGCAAAGAGGAGACCCGAUGUGUCGCUGGGAGCGACUGAGUGUAUUGCACAGAACGUGUAACUACGACUUGAGAAGCGUAAACGUCUUGGGUGCUUUAUUAAUGAGGGAGUUGAAGCAGUUUAUAAAUGCUCUGGAAUCUCCAACGUAUGUUUCUUUGUGCCAGCGUGCCUUCACAGCACGCCAUUCAGCACUAUCAAGUUGGUUUGGGAGUUGUUAUUGGAAUUUGAGGCAUGCUUUUGUUCGGUUUGUUGCCGAGGUAGUUGCUUAUGGGUUUAGCUACACGUCUGCGUCGUGGCACUCAGCUGCUCCGUCAAAUUCUGCAACUCUUCCUCUGCUAAGUCACAGUCCUCUUUCUUCAGGUGCCAAUAAAUAGGGCUGAGGUGAGGGAACGGACCCACUCAGUUGCAGAGCUUAUCGGGGUUGACAUCCGUUGCGAAUCUGCCCCUAGAUUUCAACAAUACUCACUUAUUAACGCUGGGAUUUGUAGCAGAGCAAGAACAAAACAGUCCUGAAGUUGGCAUGGGCAGUAAUUCAGUUCAGUGAAGUAGGCUUGAAAAUUGGGUUAGGAGUAACGAGUCAACAAGUAUCCGUGGACAUUAAGAAGGUAUUUGUAAAUGUGCUGAGAAAAAAAAAUAUUAUUCCAUUUAUGUUUAUAAAUCCAUUGGAUACAAAUGGUAACAUUUUUAAAGAGUUAUGUGGAAAAGGCAGACACUUUCCCUUAGGGGAUUUUUUUGUUUGGUUGGUUUUGCAUUUGGAAGGGCAGGAUGGUUCCUUCAUCCCGUUGGAUGAAGUAGGUAGAAGAGGGAGUUUGCGUCAGAAUCUGGGAGGCCAUCUAGUGUUCAAGGUCUCCUUGCAGGUGAUAGACUGGUCCCUUCUGGCCUUAAUUGUAAAACUCUGAUUCCAAAGAAGUAGACUUGUCUUUUACCGUUAUAACCUGUUCAUAGUAUUUAAUAAUUUAUAGAGAUUUGAGUACUAGAGGGGUUCUCUGCCGUAAGAACUUCUUUGAAAAGUAUGACUUUCCAUCAGAGAACAUAUUGUGCCUUAUGUCUCUAAACCACGUGAAGUUCCGGUUGUGUAUGAUAAAUACCUUUAUACGCUUUGUACUUCUGCCAUAAUGGGAAUCAAACAAAUGUAGUUUUGAUAACAGGUGGUUUCUGUAUGCUGCCGUAUUGCUGGGGUCUGCUCCAGUAUCUCACAGGUUCGGCCUAUCUAUUCUACUGCCACAGCGAUGCACACUUCGUACCCGUCGGUGCUGAGCAGCUAAAGUAGCUCUGGAACAGCGUUAUUCUGUUCAACUGUUCUUUUUGCUUCUUAUUUGAACAAAAAAAACCCCACUAACCAAAAGCCCAGGUCAGUCUGAAUUUCUAAUCCUAAAUUCUUUGUUCCUAUUCAUUGCAGUAGACGUUCGGGUACGAAAAUCCCGGUUAAGGAUACCUUGCGAUGUUCUUUACUAUUACCCGAGAACAUCCAACAUGAAAACCGUUCAACAUGAAGAAAAUUUGAGCAGCCACGACCAUUUCCUCUAGCUGCAGUGCCUCAAGCAACUGUUUUUUACAAAUACUUUCAUCAAUUGCCAGAGUGCUUCAAAAAACAUCACAGCCACCAGAAGCCCUCUUGCUAAACUGAUGUCUCCUCUUAUUCCCUACACUGAGCCUAUAUUUCCUUGAAGGAAUUCCAGACGAGUGUUUUGAGCUACACCUCCUCCAACUGCUCUGAGCCAUUCGCUUUCCUCUGAAGUUGAUUCUUGUUGGUACCAAAUUUGUCACACGAUGGUUUCCCGAACUUCGGUUCUUCUCAUAGAGGUAACUACUUUUGUCUUUCAUCCAAGCUCCCUCACACCCUGGUAACCCUGUUUCUCCUGGUUUGCUGGUGGUUUUCGCGUACUGAAGUGCUCUGAUCUGAACCCGUUGUUCUUACGGUCUCUGGCUGAGGGGCGUAGGUUAUUUCCACCCUAAGGAAAAGCGAUCCAGUGCUGAAGCUUGCGUUUGGUUCAGCCUUCGGAAAUCUUCCGAGCUUUCCGCUAGCCCAAAGACCUCGGGUUUUUCCACCUUGGCUAGUUAGCGGCCCUCCUCCCUUCCCUCCUUUCAGUUUUGACGCUUAGAUUAGAAAAUCAGGGAAAUAGGAACUUCUAAGUGUAAUCUUUGGGGGGUUUUUUAUUACUACUUGAACUAUCUGGUUUUUUACUGGGAAGACUGGUACUGGUACAGCAGAAUCUCAGCAACGUUCCAGCAAAUUGCUUGCAAAAGUAAGGUAUAUCGCAGAUACGGCAGCGCUUCUAAACAGACUAAUUGAGGUGUCUUGCACCCAACUACAGUGCUCAGGUUUAUCCGUUCUGUUUAGUCCUCCGUGCUGUUCGCUGUUUGCUGCCUCUCCCGCUGCUGUUAGGGCUCGCGUGUUGCUCUCCGUGCCCUGUCUGCCCUUGUGCAGUCUUCGGUGGCUUUCGCCGUUUUGAUUUCCUUCCUCCCUGCUUCCUCUGGUUUCUCCUUCUUCUCUUUUUCCUGUACAGGCACUUUAUUACCUUCACAACUUCAAGCAGCGAAUUUAUGGUUAGACAUUUUUUAGUUCUUUGACUACUACUUUAGUCCAAGUCAAGAGACGCCCGGCCUUUCCUUUUGCCUAUUAGACGGUGCUGUAUCAGUUGCUUCCUCAAAGCCCAGACAUGCUGUCCACAGUGAGUACAAAUUCGAAACAUUUUGUCUACUCUGACCAUUAAAAAAAAAAAGAAUAGCUCAUAAAUUAAUCCGUUUUACAGCAGGAUCUUCACUUGGAACCUCUUGUGUGAAAUAAGGUAGUUCCAAGGUGCUGGACCGCGGUUAACAGGGGGGGACAAGGUAGUAGCAUUGUCUUCUUUCGUUUUCUUUCGCCUCGCUUGCACCUAGUGUUGGAACCUGUCCUCGUGGGCGCGGUUGGUUGUUAUUUUAUUGGUGAGCGUGCUCUUGCCUUGCUUUUGUCAACGGGAGGGUUUGGGGCAGGACGCGUGGAUUUGCACGGCUUUACUGUGUGCUGGAUCCCCUUGUCACUUCCUUCCCCAGCGUCUGGGAUCAAUUCUUGCAGCCAGAGUAGCUUUUUAUUAUUAUUUUUAUUUGAAGUCGGUUUAGAUUUGAAGAUGACGAAAACUUGGAAUUACUUUUCCAAACCGAUAAUGAAAACGGAGUUUGGAUUUUGAUCUUGCCAUCUUUCGGUAUUAUCCGCUGAACUUUCUCUUUCGGCUUCCGCCUACAUCUAGAUGCCAUCUUGAGACUUGUGCUGAACUGAAGCUGGCGCCUUGUUCCUCACUGCGUCGCUCGGGGGUCAAAGCCCCGUUCGCUCUUUCGAGAGGGACAGAUUUUCCAUUUCAUCACCCACCGCAAUACAAACUCAAAAGCAAAAACCCUUUCGCCUUGCUUUUGGCUCUAGCCGUGCCGGUGUCUUUCCGAAUCUCGUCAUCCGCCGACCCUCCUUAAUUUGCUGCCGGAGCUGUUGAGGGCUGCGGGCGGCGCUUCCCUGGGCAGCGCAAGCGCUGGGCGCGCUGCUGCCGGCUGCGACUGGGAGGGCGCCGUCUCUCUUUGGGAGGCAGAUGUCAGAUCCGAUACGAUAAAGCGACAUCAUCGUGCCGCAGAACCACCGUAAGACGGGCUUUUACCUUAGAGAUAAUACAGGAAUAACAAAUUUAAACUAGAUCUAGUUCAAUAGCAGUUCUAUCAAAGGGUGACAAAUAGAAGUCAGUUGCGUCCAUGGGGAGCACUAUUUUCUUGACGAAUCGCCUUGGCUGUCUCCCUCUUGGUCUUUAUGAUCUUCCCAAGGCUGACGAAAGCCCGGGAAGUGUGAAAUAUGUGCAGUACUUUUUUAAUUUUAUUUUUUUUCUUAGUGUCAAUUUAAAAAGUGCCUAAGUGAGUAACAGGACUCCAGGGUGAGCUGGAGGAAUAGGAUUAGACCUCAUUUCCCUCUUAAGGACAGAGCCCUCCCCGCCGUCCCUCCGCACCUCGACCCCAGAGGAGCGGUGGGAGUCUGGAGCCCUGCAGAAUCCAGCUGGAAAGAAACGCCCGCUCCUUCCUCACGUGUCCCCCCUCGGUUUUCAGCCUCUUGUGGGGAUCUUGGUAACGAAUCUCAUUUCUCAGCCAAACCUUUAGCAAUCUCCAGCUUGGGGGGGACGGUGAAGAGGGGGAGGCUUGAGCAGAAUUCGGUAGGAAACUGCCUCUUGGGUUGCAGACACGAACCGCUUCGUGCAUCAAACGCGCCCCUCUGGAUAACCGUAGGUCUGAGGCUCUGGAUGGAAAAAGCUAACACGCGUAUUUAAUCAUCCCUUUUCGGAAUCACAGAGGCAGUUUCUUCCUAUAUUCUUAAUUAUUUCUAGGCUUAUGAUAGCGGCACCUGCUAAACAUUUUGUCAAAAUAAUUGUGACUGUUGGCAGGUGGGUGUAAUUUUGUAAACAUACACGAGAAUUUUAUGUGGGGGAAAAAACAUAGAUUUCAAUGCUAGUUUAAAAAAAUCGCAUUAAGGGAGAAUUUCUUCUGACCACAGUGAAAGGAAAUAACAGAACACUAUGAAGGUGCAUUAGUACCACUUAAGGAUUCAGAAAAUGAAAGCAAUCCAUAUGUAGAUGUUUUAUUUUUCAUUAGUAAUAAAAUGUUGUUUUCACUCUGACAACUUAAUAACGCACGAGUUGGGAAAGCCGAGGAAAUUACUGUUGGCGAGAGAAUCUAUAAGGACUUCUCUUCUGCAGAGAACAGAAAAUGAGCUUGUAGGAUGUUGAUGGGUGUUGAUAUAAGCAAUGAUCAAAUGGGAAUCUAUUGCUGGGGUACUAAUGAAAAUAAAGUGUUUGUGGAGCCUGUAACACACACGGGCCGUUCGGCGUUGUACCGUCGCCCUGCUCUAGAGAUGCCUUUUUUUAACAGUGAUUUUUUUAUUUUCUUCUUUUUUCUUUCCUAAACCAAGCGAUUGUCAAUAACAGCGGUUGUGAUUGAAAAAAGAUUAAUGUAGCAGUGAGCGUUGCAAACCUAGAAGCGAGAAGGCGGUGGAACAGUAUCAGAGGCACAAAAGCGAAGCAAAACCCCCAAACAAAAACCCCAGCAAAGCGCCGGGGAGUCGCGUUUUUGCAUUGCAAGAUUUUGUGCGUCUUAAUCGUGUUCCGCUGUCUCGCUGGCCGGGGCCGGGGGGUGUCGUCUCGGCCGCGCGCCUCCGGCAGGGGCGAGCGCGCGCGGGACGGCUGGCGGUCGCCCGCGGUUGCCUCAUCCGCCUGCCAAACGCAUCGGUCGCGCCCGACGAGCUGCGUCCCAUCUCCGCGACCCGCCAGCGCGUUGCUCCGUGUCCGUACGUUCCUCCGUCGGCAUCUUCCGCUCGCGUAUUUGUUUCUCCCGCCGCGUGCCCUGACGAAAACGGCACCUGUGUCUCAUCUGCUGUAGGUGUUCUGCCUACCUCAAGAGGUAAACAUGGUAUCCUAGAGUUGUAUGUUCACAGUCUGUUCUUCUUUUUUUACACGAGCACUAGCGCGCGCACACACACACACACACACUGGAAUGUAUAUUCUCCUCCCCACCCCCACCCCCCAAUAACCUCUUGACCUGAUCCUUGCUGUAGCCACCACCAACUCCUCUUGCAAAUUGGAUGCUGCUUUAAAUGUGAAAACAAAUGUUCAAGAAGCUAUAAAACCUGAAUGAAAGCUAAAGCUGAAUUUAUAAAGCCUUGUUGCAUAUGAGCCAAAAGUGCAAAAAGCUCUAUAUAAUGAACUAACCUGCCACUCAUAUAAAUAUAAAUAUAUAUAAAUAUAUUAAAAUCAGACUGUUCUACAAAAUUGUGUAUUUGUAUUUUUGUGUACGUACAAUUUUCUGCUAAGCAGAAGGAGGAUGUAGUAUAGGAUGAUGUGAGAAGAGAUUUUGUUUAAUCAUAUUUCUUUGUUACUUAUUUUUGUUAACAUCCAGAUGCCUGUCUUUGUCUUAUGUGUAUGACACUGUUCGAAAGGUGCAGUAUCUCUCUCCCGCCCGCGCAUUAAACCUCUCCCACCGUGGAAGAGUCGGGCGAUGCUACACGUCGUCAUCAAACCCCGCAAAUACGCCUGGAUCUUAGCAAGGGCUGCUCGUUCAGCUUAAACACUAUCGAGUUCGCGCCGGCGUUGAGGGGGCGCGUUGUGUCCUUGCUCCUGACGGUCACGUCAGAUAUUCCCGCGCCGGCUGAUCGCUUCUCACGCAGGUGUUCCCCGGGCACGCCGCCUGCUCCACCCGCGGCCUGUGGUAUCUGCUGCUCGGCCUCGGCCUGGAGCUUCAGGGAAGGGGGGGUAAAAAAACCCAUGAAUAGUGUAGAUGGGAGAGCGGAUGAACAGAGCCGUGUGUUAAAGUUCCUUGGGGAAGAAGAGCAGCCAGGGAAGCCGUGCGGUAUGUCGCAGGGGAGCGAAUCUCAGGUAACACCACCGCGGAGGAAGGUGCUGCGGGAAGCUCGUCUUCCCCAGAGCUCUCUGCACGCUGCCGAAGCGCGGGGAGAUUUUUUUUUUUUGCUUUCAGGAAGGCCAGCAGGCAGCAAGGGAAUCGGUUGUAACGUGCCCCGCGCCGCUCCCGGCACGGCCCUCCCUGCCGGGAGUCGCGCACGAGCCACGCGCAUCUCUGGCGGCUCGGGACAGCUUGACUUGUAGCAGCCUCGUUUGAUGGGGUCCGUCUUCUCAUGGCUUGAUGCCCUUGCAGUAAAGAUACUGAUUUUUAAGAAGAAUAUUCUAAAAAAAUCUUCUCCAAAUGACUGCGUUUACCUGCAAAGGGCCGAGUGGGUCUGCUCCGUCAUUUGCCGCAAGGCGAGAAGCCAUCGUUUUUCUCCCUUGGUGCGCUCGGGAGUCGUUCGUUGCGCGUGACGGCGGAGAACGGCCCAGGGGAAGAGGGGGGGGCCGAAGGAGAACUGGGCGCAACGGGGUGCAGUGGAAAAACUAGCGCAGAGCUUUGGGCACGAGGUGACGGACGUUCACCUUCCGGUCCCGCCGCAGGCCCCCGAGGCAAACCGGUCCUUCGGCGUGCUUCGGCGUUCCCGUCGCCGCAGGGCAGGGGAGGGUGAGCGUCUGUCCCAUCUCCCUCAGGCGCCCGGUGCUGCGGCAGUCUGGAGUGUCAGCUUCUUCCCUCGUGUCCUUUGCUCUCUUGCUUUUAAAUAUAUAUUUUUUUUCCCCUUAAAUUUAAGUUCUAACAUUGUUUUAACUGAAUUUUAGCCCAGGGAGAGCGAUACUGCAUCUUUACAUGUAGGGCUCAUAUUUAUAACAAUGUGUAAUGACUGUAGCAAAAGUCCUUGUUUCUAUAUGUGAAUGGACAGAGAAACAAGUGCUCUAUUGUAUUGAUUAAAAUAGUUAAAAUGAGUCCUGUAUCAUUGUAUCUCCUAUUCUGGAUUAGUGCCUUUUGGACAGUAGACUGUUCUGUAAUUAAAAUGUAGUAUAACUGCUUUUUUGUACAGUUUUGUUUUAAUAAAACUUUUUUUUAAUUUGUGUUUAUUUUAGUAUUGUACCUAUUAGAAAAUAAAAAUGUAUAACUCAACAACGAA